AUGGGAAGAAUGGAAGUGAAGAACGAAUUCGCCUCUGCCGCCAGAGAUAUCAUCUUCUCUGGCGGCCUCACCGAUUCCAAGGAGAAGAAGGAAGACGAAGACGAUGGCGCCAUCACCGAUGGAGACGCUGAUGAUGAUAUGGUCAACACCAAAAGAAACUUUUCUACAAUGAGAAUCCAGAAGAGAAACUCAGAAGCUAGCCUCCUGAAGAAGGUUAUUCCGUUUCAUUGGGCACCCAUGCUUCAGCCCCUGACCGAGAAUGACAUCGAUACAUGUGUGACUCUUGAAGAUGUCGCACUCUCAGAAGCCUAUAGAUCCCCGCGCGAGAAGAUUGAGUAUCGCAUCCGAAAUGGAACUUGCUAUGGCCUGUUCAACACCGUCAGACCAGCCGACGUGAAGAAAAUAUCUCUCUCAACGAUGCAGCACAGUCGGCCAGUCGAGGGUGGUCGCUGCGACGGGGCCAAGCAUGUCAUGUUUGCGCACGUUCUCGCUACACUUGGAACUAACCCAGUCAUUACUGACGCGGACAUGGCCAUGCCUGAGAACUGGCGGGAUUCAAAGGCUUGCAAAGGGUCUCCCCUGGGCCACCAAUCCUCGGGAAGGACGAUUUGUCUCCACUCAUUUAUCGUGUGCCCAGAGGUCCAGGGCGUUGGUAUUGGCAAAACAGUGAUGAAGUCGUAUCUGGAGCUCAUGAAUGAGUCUGGUGUGGCUGACCGAGUUGCAAUCAUUUGUCAGCCAUACGCCAUCCAAUUCUACAAGUGUUUCGCAUUUAAAGACCUUGGCCCUAGCACGGAAGCCCUUCCCGGUCAAGGCUAUCAUGCCAUGGUGCUCGAAUUGCGCGGUCCCAAGAGAAAGACCAAAGAGGAGCCUACGCGAAAGAACAAGGAAGAUUCCAAGGAUACUAAGCCCAAGAAGCCGUCAUGA